AUGAUUUUAAUCAUCAAUUCUGCUAAUGAUGAUGACAAUGUCUAUAAAGCUCUCCCUGGGAGUAGUUUUAAUAGCUUACUCUUAAAUAGGUACAAUUGUGGUAAUGACUAUGUUGGUUGGCAUUCUGAUGAUGAGAAGCUUUAUGGACGGACGCCUGAAAUUGCAUCUCUAACUUUUGUUUUGAAGAAGAAGCCAUGUAAAAAAUCUCGUGAUGGAAGUGGUGAACCUGCCAGCAAGAGAUUAAAGAAGGGUAGCCAUGAUGCUGAUCAGCAUACAUUUAGACUUAGGCAUGGAUCCCUUAUGGUGAUGAGAGGAUAUACCCAAAGAGAUUGGAUUCACUCUGUGCCUAAGCGUGCAAAAGCUGAAGCUACACUCAUUAACCUUACCUUUAGGUGGGUUUUUUGAUUGGCUUGUGACCAAAGCAGGUUUGUGGUAAAUCUGCGUAUGGCAUUCUAGAAGGUAUCUGUUUUUUAGUGACUGAUUGAUAUGAAAAUUAUAAUUUUGCAAGAUUUUGUCUUAU